UCUCUGGUGUGCUCGCUACUGCCACAGAUAGCAGAGAUUCCAGCUCCCUGUUUCAGAUGGGCACCCAGGAAAGGCAGUUCGAUUUAUCAGCGUGCUCGUGGCUGACCAAUACGCCAUACACCAUGGGACAACUAUUCGCUCCCACGCGCUCCCCCAAGGUCAAGCUGCGAGGCCUGGCAAGGCGCCGAUGAUUCCGGAUAGCUUCUACAGACUGAUGGUACAGUAAAGGCUGGUUGAUUUCAUUUCUCCUACUUUCCGAUAGAAGACCACAAAGAGGACAGAAAACCCCAACCAAGCAGUCCACACAACCCGCAGCAAUGCAACACGACGUCGACGAAGACCAGCCUCUCCUAUCCGGCGGUGGCACCGGCGCCUCCUCCCCGUCCCCGUUCCCCAGCCCCUCCCACGCAAUCCCCCAAGACGGCAGCAAAUCCCCCCGGUCCUCAACCGACACCGAGUCCGGCACGAUCGAGCCACUCCCACGGACGAUCGAAGCCGCCGUGCUACCAGAGACAUCCAACCUCGGGCGCCACCUAUCGUGGCAGUCAGCCUACAUCCUCGUCAUCUCGCGCGUCAUCGGCAGCGGCAUCUUCGCGACCCCGGGGGCGGUGGCGCGGUCGGCCGGCAGCGCGGGCCUCGCCCUGACCAUCUGGGCCGCCGGCGCGGCCCUGGCGGCCUGCGGGCUGGCCGUGUCGCUCGAGCUGGGGUCCAUGCUGCCGCGCUCCGGGGGCGACAAGGUGUAUCUCGAGUUCAUGUACCGGCGCCCGCGGUUCCUGGCGUCGACGCUUGUGGCUGUCAACGCCGUCCUGCUCGGCUUCACGGCUAGCAACUGCGUCGUCUUUGCCGAGUACGUGGCGUUUGCGUUGGGCAUCGAGGAACCCUCCGAUGUCCUCCGCAAGAGCCUUGCUGUCGGCCUGCUGACGGCCAUCACGGUCGUGCACGGGUGCGCGCCGCGGGCCGGGGUGGUGGUGCAGAACGUGCUGGGGUGGAUCAAGGUCGCGCUGGUGGUGUUUAUGGUCUUCGUGGGGCUGUUCGUCGUCGUCUUCCAGCGCGGCCGGACCGAGAUCGGUCAGGGCGGCGGCGGACUGCUGACCUGGGAAGGGCUGUGGAAGGACUCGGACUGGAGCCUGGGUGUCAUCGCGACGUCGCUUUUCAAGGUGUUUUACUCGUACGCGGGACUCAGCAACGUCAACAAUGUCUUGAACGAUGUCAAGGAUCCUGUGAGGACGCUCAAGUCCGUCUGCACUUCCGCCCUCGUCACGGCCGUCGUCCUCUACACCCUCGUCAACAUUGCGUAUUUUAUGGUUGUGCCGCUCGACGAGAUCAAGGAGAGCGGCGAGCUGAUUGCUGCUCUGUUCUUCGAGCGCACCUUCGGGCCACAGUUGGGGAGGAAGGUGUUGCCGCUUGCUGUUGCGCUUUCGGGGGCCGGAAACGUCAUGGUUGUGACUUAUGCCUUGGCGCGCCUUAACCAGGAGAUCGCCCGCCAGGGGUUCCUCCCCUAUCCCGAGCUGCUGGCCUCUUCUAAGCCCUUCAACGCCCCCUUGGGCGGCCUGAUUGUCCACUACAUCCCGUCUCUCCUGGUCAUCACCCUCCCCCCGUCGGAUCAGGUGUACUCCUUUAUCCUAGAAGUAGAGGGCUACCCUGCGCAGUUUUACGGGUUAGCCAUCUCCAUAGGGCUGCUAUGGCUGCGGUACAAGAGGCCGGACCUGAAGAGGCCGUUCAAGGUGUGGCUUCCUGCCGUCGGCAUCAGGAUAGUCGUCAGCCUCGCCCUCAUCGCCGCGCCUUUCUUCCCGCCUAAGAACUACACGGGAACGCUGUUCUAUGCUACUUAUGCCAUCGUCGGAGUCGGAAUAAUUGUGUUCGGAUUAUUGUACUGGUAUAUCUGGACUGUACUGAUACCGCGCUGGAGGGGGUAUAGACUGGAGGAGGAGGUUGAUAUACUGGACGACGGUGUUACGAUCACGAGGCUUGUCAAGGUUCCCAAGUAAAGCAUUCUUGGAGAGGAUUUAUUAAGAUUAGACGAGGCGUUGGGGAAUGCUUUCACUCGAGUAGACGGCUUGGAUCCUAGGGGGUUAAACGGACUUUCACACGAAUGACAAUGACUAAAUGUUGGACUAAGAUGGUGUAAUAUUGCCAAUUAACUGAUAAUCAACAACUCGAUAAAUUGGUUUAGCCCAAACAUCACGGCACUAAUUAAGCCCAUAACCCUUUCUACCGUGGCCCGAGCUCGCGCUCCUGAUGGUCGGCUCCAGGGGAAACACUGAGCUCUCAGGUGUCACAUCUUUAUAGACCUGAUCCCACCGCUCCCUCAGCGCCUCGGGGGUCUCCCACGCAUACUCCGGGUCACGCAACCAAAGCCGGAUAAGGUGACGCCUGAACGACAGAGUGAGUCUGGGUUAGGCAAUCUUCUCGAUGCGACGAGUCUGAAAAAAAAGGGGGGGG